CGGAGAGGACGACCCGGAGGAAGAAGACAAUGGAGAAGGGAGGUUCAGUUCGAUGCCAGAGGAUUGGCUGCGAUGCCACGUUCUCUGAGGACAACAACGAGGAUGGCUCCUGCAGAUAUCACGAUUCCGAGCCAAUAUUUCAUGAUGGUAUGAAAGAAUGGAGCUGCUGCAAGCAAAGAAGCCAUGAUUUCAGUUUAUUUUUAGCAAUUCCGGGAUGUAAGUCAGGCAAACAUACUACAGAGAAACCAGUCACCAAGGCUGUCUCUACAAAUACUCGGAAACCAACCCCUACACCUAUUCAAAGCAAAAGUACAGAGGAUGCUGCUGGCUGUUCAAGAUGCCGCCAAGGUUUCUUCUGCUCAGAUCAUGGUAAAUAUGCUUCUUUCCGCUCAAAAUCAGGGAUAUCGAAGCCGGCCAUACCAACCCAAUCGAAGGAUGAACCCUUGGCCAGCAUUCUGGUCAAGAAAAUCAUUGAUAUAAAUGAGCCGCAAACUUGCAGACACAAAGGAUGUGGUAAGACAUUCAAGGAGAAGGACAAUCAUGAGACCGCAUGCGAGUAUCAUCCCGGUCCGCCGGUCUUCCAUGACCGGAUGAGAGGGUGGAAAUGCUGUGACAUCCAUGUGAAGGAGUUUGAUGAGUUUAUGAACAUUCCACCUUGCACAAAAGGUUGGCACAAUGCGGAUGUGUAGCGUUGAUUAGAUCUAAUCUCUACUGAAUCUUUGAGAAUAUAAGGUUGUUUCUGCAAUUUUAGGUUUAUGUUGGACUGGAAAGUUUAACUUGGAACUGAUGAGGUAUGUUUGUUUGAUGGAGUUUUAAACUCUUUAUGAACUUUGAUUUU